AUGAUAAAAACAUUAUCUACCUAUACACCUCAAGAACCAAAAUAUUGUGGUCCAGAUCAUAAAUCAAAUCGUCCACUUUUGGAGCCAUUUGACUUGGAGAAUACCACAGUAGUCUCAUCAGAACUUGGUGUUGAUAAUGCUCUCAAAGUUAUAUCACCAAUUGACCAAUUUGUAAUGAUUGAUUCUAGAUUUGUCUCUUGUCCUCUUAACCAUCCAGAUGGAACAAUUCAUAUGAAACCAAUUGCCGUUCUCAACCAUUAUAUUGAUAACGUAACCCUCCAAUCUCCGGGUCAACACACUGUCACUCAUUUCAAAGGAUAUUAUCCAGGUUACAGUUGGUCAGAUGCCCAAGACUUUCAAAGAUGUGAUGAUGCAAACCAGGUAAAAAACAAGUUUAAUUAUGGUGGAGUUAUUCCAGAGAAAACACCUGUCAGAAAGACAAUUAAUUUGAAUGCUGGAACCUAUUUCAUUUUUCAAUCACUCAUUGUCUAUGGAAUAAGAUUGGUUUAUAGAAAUGGUCAAACAUCGUAUUUAGAAUGCCAUAUUUACCGUAAUGAUGUUUUCCCAGUUCAGGCACCCAAUGUAAGGUACGAGGUUGUACCUCAUCUUGCUGGUCGUGAAUAUCUCUUGAAUAGAGGUUCAAGUAGAUGGCAAGAAAGAUCAAUCUAA